AAGAGGUGGUGGGUGAUGGGAUGGGCACCAUUACCCAGCUCCAGUCUCCAGAUCGGGUGUCUCUGCCCACAGGAGGCGUAUGAGUCAGCUGUGGAGUAUUUCGGGGAGAACCCCAAGACCAGUCCCCCCACCACCUUCUUCCCCAUGUUCAUGCGUUUCAUCAGAGCCUACAAGAAAGCAGAGCAGGACAUUGAGCUGUGGAAGAAACAAGAGGCCGCAGCCAAAGAGGCAGGAGCCGUCUCCCCUGGCAGCGAGCAGCAGCCCGAGCUGCCUAUCCAGAAGGCCAGGAGGCAGCAGAUGGACAUGAUUGCUGAGCUGAAGAGGAAGCAGAUGGUGAAGGAGCCACUCAUCUACGAAGGCAAAGACGGGGCCAUCGAGGAUAUAAUUUCAGCUCUCAAAACUGUCCCUUUCACGGCUCGGACGGGCAAACGCUCGUCCCGGCUCUUCUGCGACGUGGGCUUCAACGAGGAGAGUCCUCUGUAGGUAACGUGGGGCAGCGGGGCCGGCGCAGGCGGGCGGGGGCUGCCGGGCUUC